CUGGAGCUCCGUCCCCGAGGCCUGGCGGGCGGGGCUGGCGCGGGGGCCGCGUCUCCCGACCCGGUGGACGCCCGGGCGCUGGGCCGAGGCCGGCGGCGGGGCGCCGGAGCCGCGAUGGAGGACGGCGGGCCCGCGGCGGGGGCGGCCGGCGGCGAGGGCGGCGGCGACUGCUUCCUGGACGGCGAGCUGGCGGCGGGGGCCCUGCGCGGCCCGCCCGGCGCCACCAUCGCCUGCCGCCUGGACCCGCGCGUGUUCGCGGACGGCCCGUGCCGGGCCAAGUUCGAGGCCCUGUUCCGGGCGUUCGACCAGGACGUGAGCUUCCAGUACUUCCGCAGCUUCCGGCGCGUCCGCAUCACCUUCGGCAGCGCCCUGGCCGCGGCCGCCGCCCGCCUGCACCUGCACCGCACGCCCUUCCUGGGCCGCGAGAUGAAGCUCUACUUCGCGCAGACGCUGCACAUCGGGAGCCCCCACCUGGCCCCCCCGAGCCCCGACAAGCAGUUCCUGAUCUCCCCGCCCGCCUCGCCGCCUGUCGGCUGGAAGCAAGUGGAGGACGCCACCCCCGUCAUAAAUUAUGACCUCCUGUACGCCAUCUCCAAGCUGGGGCCAGGGGACAAGUACGAGCUGCACGCGGCCACCGACAGCACGCCCAGCGUGGUGGUGCACGUGUGCGAGAGCGAGGAGGACGAGGAGGAGGACGAGACGGAGCGGACGAGGAGGCCCAAACCCAAAAUCGUGCAGACCCGGCGGCCGGAGUACAGGCCCCUGCACCUCCGCUGAGCGCUGCCGGCGUCUCCCGGGCAUCACUGAGGCGGCCGCUGCGGGCGGGCCGUCCGCUCUCUCAGCGAGGACGGCGUGGUCCGGUCCUCACCGCACGCCCGCGUGGCCGGUCACCCAGCGGGGUCGCUGCACACGGACCUCGUCCUGUUCGCACCUUUCCGGGCGGCCCGCGGGGCAGGCCCUCUCCGGGGGAGUGCCCGUGCCACGAAGCCUGAGACGGAGCUGGGGGCGCACUGCAGUGUGGACGGCGCGGUGCCCACCCUCUCCCUCCCGCCCACUGAUGGCCCUGCAUGUCCGCUCCGGCCUCACACUGGGCCUGCGCGUCGCUCCGCCUCGCUCUGCGCAUGGAAGAUCCGAGAGCCGGCGGCUGGGCUGCCACCUCCCGGCUCCCGGCGCCUGAGAGCGCCCAUGCGGCUUCCUCCUGGAUCCGCGGCCGGCGUCCUGCUGGCGCCCCGUGGCCGUGCUCCCCGCCGGCCCAUCUGCGGUCCAGGCGGCCCUCCGGUCAGACAGCAGGCUCCCUGCAGCCUCCGGGGUGCGGCGUCUGGGGUUGGCAUCCCUCUGUCUCUUCCACGCGGGGGUUUGCACCGAUUCCUGGGAGCGGCGGGUGAGGUCGCUGGGUGUCUGCCCCACGGAACAUGUAGUGAGCGUGUAAAUAAAGCCGGCAGCACAUGUCACACGCUGUGCGCGUGGUGGACGCGGCGGGGCCCACCGGGCGGGGCGGGGAGCGCGGUGUGAGGUGGACAGUGCCCCCCCCUGGGACCCCGUGGAGGCUGUCCUUCGGGGAAGCCGUUCUACUCUGGCCUUAAAGCACCGUGACGCCCGCUGCCCAGGAGCACAGCGCCGGGCCCUGAGCGGCUCUCUCGGGGAGCGGGCCAUCUGGUGUUCGGUCAGAAGCUGAGGGAUAGUCUCAGAACCCGUUCGCCGCCGGCAUCGGGGUUCAGGGGUGCUUGUCCCUGAGAGGCGGCCUGGGAGGGUCGGUCUUACCUGCAUCUGCAAUGACCGCACACGUGCGCCCGUGGAGAGCCGCCUGCCUGCCCUGUCCUCUCUGACCUCGGUCUGCGGACCCUCUGAGUCCAUCCAGCCUCGAUGCAGGGAAGCAGGCAGCGCUGACGGGCAUCACAGCACAUCACUCCAUCUCCCUCACCGACCGUGUCCCGUGGUUGUCCUGUGGUAGGUGUGUGGCCGUGGCCGCUGAAAUCCCACCCCCGUGGCACCGAGGUUGCGGGUCACCGGGCUGAUGGGCGUGAGGCUGGAGUCGUGAGCGGGCCCAGGUCGCCCGGGGGUCUCCGUCCCCGCCAGUGAGCCGCUCAGCAAAUGCAAGGCCGACAGCCACGCCCCAUGGCCGGCGUGCCCCUCAGCAGAUCGUCACAGAAAUGCUUCACACGGUGGUUCAUACAGGUUCCUGGGAACAGCAGGGGGAGGUCUCUGGGGUUCUGCCUCAAGAAGCAUAGAGGUGAGCGUGUGAAUAAAGCCGCAGCACAUGUCACUCUGCUCUCACAGCUCCGGGGCUCAGAACCACCAGCCCCCUCUGGCUGACCUUCACGCCCUGGUGAUGUGUGAUGGUGUGUUCCCAGCUCACCAACAUCUCUUCCCUCGGUGGCCUGGCCCAGGGUUUCUCUGCCCAGAACGUCGCCCACUGCCCAGCCCAGCCCUGGUGAACGCCAUGUCAGUCCUGCUCCCCUCCAACUGCGUAGGCAGCAGCUCCCCCAGACCCCCCCGCAGUGCUCAGCGAAUACAGCCGAGGUGGCUCACCGGCCUACUGACAUCCCUCUACAAGCCCAGCACGAACCUCUCCCCUUGAGAAGGAUCCCAGCUGCUGCUCCUGCACCUCCCCUGUACCCCUAUCUCCCCAUUGUGAUGUGUCUGGUCUUCUUAUUAUAAUUUUUAAAUUGUUUGUCUUCCUUGUAAGAAUAUAAGUCUAGUGGAGGCAGGAUUCCUGGUAGCUCACAGUAGACAUUCAACAGUUAUUGGAUAGAUGGCUAUGGAUGGGUGGGUGAGUGAAUGAAUGGAAAAAUCCCAUCAAACUGCACACCUUAAAGGGUAGCGUUUUGUUACAGGUAAGUAUGCUUUAAUAAAGUUGACUUAGUGAUU